CACUCUCUACUCCAGACAACCUCACAAUGCUGGCGUCGAGACAACUUCUUGGUGCCGCCCAACGCCGGGCGGUCAUCCAGCAUGGCCUGCGCCGCACAAUGGCAACUGCCAGCGAUGCGAGCCUUGACCAGAAGGUCACCCAGAACAUCCACGAGAAGAACAACUUCAUCAACUACAAGAAGAUGUCUGAGAACCUCGCCAUUGUCCGCGGACGAUUGAACAGGCCUCUCACCUACGCCGAGAAGAUCCUCUACUCUCAUUUGGAUGAUCCUCACGGACAGGAGAUCGAGCGUGGCUCCUCGUACUUGAGGCUGCGCCCGGAUCGUGUUGCUUGCCAGGAUGCCACUGCUCAGAUGGCCAUCCUCCAAUUCAUGUCCGCGGGCAUGCCCUCUGUUGCCAACCCUACCACCGUUCACUGCGACCAUCUUAUUGAGGCCCAAAUUGGCGGCGACAAGGAUUUGGCCCGUGCCAUCAGCAUCAACAAGGAGGUCUACGACUUCCUUGCCACCGCUUGCGCCAAGUACAACAUUGGUUUCUGGAAGCCAGGAUCCGGUAUCAUCCACCAAAUUCUCCUCGAGAACUACGCUUUCCCCGGUGGUCUCCUCAUCGGUACUGACUCCCACACACCCAAUGCCGGUGGUUUGGGUAUGUGCGCCAUCGGUGUCGGCGGUGCUGACGCCGUUGAUGUCAUGGCCAACCUUCCUUGGGAGCUUAAGGCCCCUAAGGUCAUUGGUGUCAAGCUUACUGGUCAAUUGUCUGGAUGGACCGCGCCAAAGGACAUCAUUCUUAAGGUUGCCGGAAUCCUGACCGUCAAGGGUGGAACUGGUGCCAUUGUCGAAUACCACGGCCCUGGCGUUAACGGUAUCUCGUGUACCGGUAUGGCCACCAUCUGUAACAUGGGUGCUGAGAUUGGUGCCACCACCUCUCUGUUCCCCUUCAACGACCGCAUGUACGAUUACCUUGCCGUCACCAAGCGUAAGGAUAUCGGAGACUUCUCCCGUGCCUACGCAAAGGAGCUGAGGGAGGAUGAGGGUGCCGAGUACGACCAGCUGAUCGAGAUCAACCUGUCUGAGCUCGAGCCCCACAUUAACGGCCCAUUCACCCCCGAUUUGGCUACCCCCAUCUCCAAGUUCAGCGAGGCUGUCAAGGCCAACGGCUGGCCCGAGGAGCUUAAGGUUGGCCUGAUCGGUUCUUGCACCAACUCUUCUUACGAGGAUAUGUCUCGCGCGGCCUCGAUCGCUCGCGACGCUCUCGACCACGGCAUCAAGGCCAAGUCUCUGUUCACCGUCACCCCCGGUUCCGAGCAGAUCCGCGCCACCAUCGAACGUGAUGGACAGCUUGCCACUUUGGAGGAGUUCGGCGGCAUGGUUCUUGCCAACGCCUGCGGACCCUGCAUUGGUCAGUGGGACCGCAAGGACGUCAAGAAGGGUGAGGCUAACUCCAUCAUCUCGUCCUACAACCGUAACUUCACUGGACGUAACGAUGCCAACCCCGCUACCCACGCCUUCGUCACUUCCCCCGAUCUCGUCGUUGCCAUGACCAUCGCCGGAAGCCUUCACUUCAACCCUCUCACCGACAAGCUUGUUGGCAAGGAUGGCAAGGAGUUCCUCCUCAAGGCUCCCACCGGAGACGGUCUUCCAGCGAGCGGAAGCUUCGACCCAGGACAGAACACCUACCAGGCACCACCGGCUGAGCGCAGCGGUGUCAGCGUUGCUGUCUCGCCAACCAGCGACCGUCUCCAGCUCCUCGAGCCUUUCAAGGCCUGGGACGGAAAGGACGCUGAGAACCUCCCAAUUCUUAUCAAGUGCGACGGCAAGACCACCACUGACCACAUCUCCAUGGCUGGUCCUUGGCUCAAGUACCGUGGACAUCUCGACAACAUCUCCAACAACAUGCUUAUCGGUGCCAUCAACGCUGCCAACGGUGAGGCCAACAAGGUCCAGAACUACACCACCGGUGAGUGGGAUGCUGUCCCAGCUACCGCCAGAGAUUACAAGUCCAAGAACAUCCCUUGGGUUGUUAUCGGUGACUGGAACUACGGAGAGGGUUCUUCCCGCGAGCACGCUGCUCUUGAGCCUAGGCACUUGGGUGGACUCGCUAUUAUCACUAGGUCGUUCGCCCGUAUCCACGAGACCAACUUGAAGAAGCAGGGUAUGCUUCCUCUUACCUUCGCCAACCCAGAGGAUUACGACAAGAUCAAGCCAGAGGACAAGGUUGAUCUUCUGUGCACUGAGCUCGAGGUUGGCAAGCCCUUCACCAUGAGGGUCCACCCCAAGGACGGCAAGACCUUCGAGGUCAAGCUUGCCCACACUUACAACGCUCCUCAAGUCGAGUGGUUCAAGAACGGUAGCGCUUUGAACACCAUGGCCAAGGCCAACGCCGCCAAGGCAUAGAUCAAAAGAUUGUAGAUGGGUGUUUGAGCGUUGUUGGUAUCAGUGUAGUUGUUCAUGUUGAAUGCGUUUUCUUAGUCCAUACCUCCGUGUUAGAGACUUCAUGUCUUCGUCUCAAUAUUCCAUUGAGUGCACGACCACCAGCAUCAACUAGUUAUUUCCUCAAUGUAUAAUGUUCGAAUAACGGGAUUCCAACUGAUAGGGGUUGCUGGAAGUGGGAGAAUAUGCUGUGACGUCUUGUGAUAUACGUAGGAUUAAUCUGCUUGUAUUGUGCUCUUUGGAUUUUUCACUGUUCGUAUGUAACAUACUAUGGUAACAUUUCCCC